CGUGCGGCCGCCGUCGUGCAGGCUCGCGCGAGGAGCCGCGGGAUCCCCGCCGGGUGGACGGACUUCGGGGCGAGGGUCUCGGCGGCCGUGAGACACCCCCCCCCAGUCCCCGCUCCCCCGCCUCAGCCGCACUUCCCACGGCCAGAGCCAUGGCGGACGAGGAGCUGGAGACGCUGCGGAAGCAGAGGCUGGCGGAGCUGCAGGCGAAGCACGGGGAUCCCGGAGAUGCAGCACAACAGGAAGCAAAACAAAGGGAAGCAGAAAUGAGGAACAGUAUCUUAGCUCAAGUUCUGGAUCAAUCCGCCCGGGCCAGGCUAAGUAACUUGGCACUUGUGAAGCCAGAAAAAACAAAAGCAGUAGAGAAUUACCUCAUCCAGAUGGCACGUUAUGGACAGCUGAGUGGGAAGGUUUCAGAACAGGGCUUAAUAGAAAUCCUUGAAAAAGUAAGCCAACAAACAGAAAAGAAAACGACAGUAAAAUUCAACAGAAGGAAAGUAAUGGACUCAGAUGACGACGACGAUUACUGAACUCUCAAGCUUAGCGGCACAGUUCUAGGAUGGAGGUUAAAGCUCUUCAAUGUUUACUUUGUUUAUUGUCUAUAUGCUUUUACGAAAUUAAACUUGUUUAUGCAAACGAAA